AUCAUUCCUCUCACUCACUGUCUCUCUCUCUCUCUCUCUCUCUCUCUCUCUCUUCUUCUUCGUCGUCGUCGUCGUCUAUCUCCUCCCUCCCCAAUUCUUCCCCCAUCUGCAGUCGCUUGACUCAAGACGAAAACCCCAAUAACCCAUUAACGUCAGAUUUAGUUAUUGGGCUCUCUGUUCUUCUCAUCUGAAUCAAUAUCAUUCUUUAGAAACCCUAAGAAUUCAGAAUUCCCAAUCCCGAUCAGGCAUGUCUCUCGUAUAUUCGUCGAAAAAACACUACAAUACUCUUACUUUCUUCACUGUUCUUCAUGUUCAUCUACAUGAGUUGUGACUGUUUCGAGUUUGAACAUUGAACGGAGCUCACCCACAAGAGGAGACUUCACUCGGCCAUAUUUACACACAAAUACACGCGUAUAUGACGUGGCGAACCCUUUUGAAAUGAACAUGGAAAACGAGAUAAUCGAAUUCGAUAUAGGGUUAGGAGGUGGAGACGAUGGCAUGGACAUUGAGCACCACGUUGAUGAGGAUGAGAUGGUUGAUAGUUCGCCCACCGGAGGUGGGAGUGGUGGUGGGGAAAUUUACAUUCCUGAGGGGGACCCGGACCUUGAGCCUUAUGAGGGCAUGGAAUUUGAAUCCGAAGAGGCUGCCAAGGCGUUCUAUAACUCGUAUGCCAGACGUGUUGGUUUCAGCACGCGUGUUAGCUCCUCCCGUAGGUCCAGGAAGGAUGGAGCGAUCAUACAGAGGUCUUUUGUUUGUGCUAAAGAAGGGUUUCGGAACUUGAAUGAGAAGCGCACCAAGGAUAGAGAGAUCAAACGUCCCCGGAUCAUCACCCGGGUGGGAUGUAAAGCAGCGUUGUCUGUGAAGAUAAAAGAUUCUGGUAAAUGGGUUGUGUCUGGCUUUGUCAAGGGACAUAAUCACGAGUUGGUUCCCCCGGAUCAGGUGCAUUGCCUUCGCUCCCACCGUCAAAUCUCUGGUCCUGCUAAGACCUUGAUUGAUACCUUGCAGGCAGCUGGAAUGGGCCCCCGUAGGAUUAUGUCGGCCCUGAUCAAAGAGUAUGGUGGUAUUAGCAAAGUCGGGUUUACGGAGGUAGACUGUAGGAAUUACAUGAGAAAUAAUCGCCAAAGGAGCUUAGAAGGAGAUAUUCAACUCCUUAUAGAUUACCUGAGACAAAUGCAGGCUGAGAACCCUGCAUUCUUCUAUGCCGUGCAGGGCGAUGAGGAACAGUGUACAGGUAAUGUUUUCUGGGCUGAUCCAAAGGCAAGGGCGAGCUACACCCAUUUUGGUGAUACGGUCACAUUUGACACAACAUACAGGUCAAAUAGGUACCGUUUGCCUUUUGCUCCAUUCACUGGAGUGAACCAUCAUGGACAAGCUGUCUUGUUUGGCUGUGCAUUCCUAUUGAAUGAAUCAGAAGCAUCAUUUGUCUGGCUAUUUAAGACGUGGCUUACAGCAAUGUCUGGUCGUCCUCCAGUAUCAAUCACCACAGAUCACGAUGCGGUGAUAGGGUCGGCCAUUAUGCAGGUUUUCCCAGAGACCCGCCACCGUUUCUGUAAAUGGCACAUUUUUAAGAAAUGCCAGGAGAAGUUGUCUAAUGUGUUCCUUCAACAUCCAAAUUUUGAAUCAGACUUCCACAAAUGUGUGAACUCGACUGACACAGUUGAUGAGUUUGAGUCAUGCUGGUUGUCACUUGUUGAUAAGUAUGAUCUUAGGGAUCAUGUAUGGCUUCAAGCAAUAUACUCUGCUCGCAGGCAAUGGGUACCAGUAUAUUUACGUGACACAUUUUUUGCAGAAAUGUCCAUAACUCAGCGCAGUGAUAGUAUGAACUCAUAUUUUGAUGGAUAUGUGAAUGCGUCCACCAAUCUUAAUCAGUUCUUCAAGCUGUAUGAGAAAGCAUUAGAAAGUCGCAACGAGAAAGAAGUGAAAGCAGAUUAUGAUACGAUGAACAUUUCCCCUGCUCUAAGGACCCCUUCUCCCAUGGAGAAACAAGCAUCUGAACUGUACACGAGAAAGUUAUUUAUGAGAUUUCAAGAGGAGUUAGUUGGGACACUUACUUUCAUGGCAUCCAAAGUGGAGGAUGAUGGGGAAAGCACUACUUAUCAAGUAGCAAAGUUUGGAGAGGAUAACAAAGCUAACUAUGUUAAAUUUAAUGUACUAGAGAUGAGAGCAACUUGUAGCUGUCAGAUGUUUGAGUUCUCAGGUCUUCUUUGUAGACAUGUUUUGGCCGUUUUUCGAGUGACAAAUGUUCUUACUCUUCCAUCUCAUUACAUUUUGAAACGGUGGACAAGAAAUGCAAAGAGCAGCAUUAUAUUGGAAGAACGGUCUGGUAAUGCAUUUAGUAGUUAUCUCGAGUCUCACACUGUUCGGUUUAAUACUUUACGUCACGAGGCCCUUAAAUUUGUAAGUGAAGGGGCAGAAUCUGUUGACACUUACAAUGCGGCCAAGGAUGCUCUGCAAGUGGCUGCCAAAAGAGUUGCUUCUGCAACCAAGAGUGACGGGAGAAUACCAAUGAUCAAUGGGCGUACCAGGGAGGAAUCGACAAGUGAUGGAAGUAGGGCAAAAUUUUGUUCUGGGGAUCACCAAGGGAGCAUGGGUCAGCAACUAUCUGAGGAUGACAUGGACAAGAAGAUCCGGGAACUUACCAAUGAGCUGGACUGCGCAAAUCGGAAGUGUGAAGUUUAUCGGGCCAAUCUACUUUCUGUGUUACGGGAUAUUGAGGAUCAUAAACAACAGCUAUCCAUCAAAGUUCAAAAUGUAAAGCUUAGUCUGAAGGAUGGCAACUAAAGGGCAAAGCUUUUCUGUAUGAUAUAUGCUUAAAGCUGCAGAUGAGGAUAGGAGAUGUAACACUCAUGACUGAACCUGCAUGUCCACGGGAUCCAUAAGAUUGCUGGCACUUGGAUUCUUAUUUAGUGCCAAUCUUAUCUGAUCAAGGCUAAAUUGUUCAAAAAUCCACCUUCUCAGAUCAAGGGUUAAGGAACAGGUAAUCACCAAACAGCAAAUGGUGGUCAAACAACUAGUUAGUGUAUAUGAAGUUGGUUCUACCAAUACUUAUUACCUUCUAAUCGGCUAACAAGAUAAUCUAUAUGUAAUUGCUUCUUUCUAUCACGAGGUUGAAUAUUGGCGUGCAUAAAGAAAUAUAUCUUAAUUUGUUUAGAA